CCUCUGCCAGGAGUGCCACUAGAAAGUUCCACUCCCCGAAUGUCACAGUCGACAGAUGGGACUUUCGAAGUAGCCGAAAUUGAAGGUCUCAUUCGGCGUUAUGUUACAAUCGGACAGUACAAAACGGCAAUGUUUUGGGCGGACAAACGACUGGCGCUAUGUCGCAAGAAUAAUGAACGAGCAUCGUUUGUGGAUAUGGCUGAAUUUGUCAAGGUAUUUUGA